AUGAUGCCUCAAAUACUAAAGUAUUGGUUUGUUGGUGGCACACUAAACGUUUGCUACAAUGCAGUGGAUCGUCACGCGGAAAGCGACUACAAGGACAACGUGGCCAUUUUCCACGAAAGCCCAGUAACUGGAAAAAGCUCUCAACUCACAUGGGCUGAACUGAAGGACCAAGUAUCCCGUUUUGCCGGCGUUCUCACGGGCCUCGGAACCACAAAGGGCGACCGUGUCAUCAUCUACAUGCCCAUGAUCCCCGAAGCCGUGAUCGCCAUGCUGGCUUGUGCCCGGAUCGGCGCCGUGCAUUCCGUCGUAUUCGGCGGCUACUCUGCCCGAGAACUCGCCGUGAGACUCGAGCACGCCAAGCCCAAGAUCAUAGUCGGCGUGAACGCGAGUGUGGAACGGAACAAGAUCCUCAACUUCAAGAGAGUCGUCGACGAGGCCAUCGGGUUGUGUCCCGGAUGCGAUAUCAAACACGCUGUGAUUUUCAACAGACCCCAGUUUGAGCCCGCGGAAAUGAUGAAUGGCAGGGACGUGGACUGGGACCGAGGCAUGGAGAGUGCCGUGUCGCACCCGUGCGUCCCCGUGGAUGCGAAUGACCCGCUGUACGUGUUGUACACCUCGGGGACGACUGGGCAGCCCAAGGGCAUCGUGAGGCCGUCUGGGGGCCAUGCUGUGGUACUGCCGUGGACCAUGGACAAAGUAUAUGGCAUGAAACCUCAGGAGGUGUGGUGGGCCGCGUCUGACCUCGGCUGGGUCGUCGGUCACAGUUUCAUAUGCUACGGCCCUCUUUUAGCCGGGAUCUCAACGAUAAUCUACGAGGGCAAACCCGUGGGAACCCCGGACGCGUCCCAGUUCUUCCGCGUCAUCCAGGACAGGCAAGUGAACGGGAUGUUCACUGCUCCCACCGCACUGAGAGCCAUCAAGGCUGAAGACCCCCAGGGUCGACUCUCGGCCAAGUUCUCGCGGGAAAGCCUGAGAUACGUUUUCGUGGCCGGGGAACACUGCGAUUAUGAAACCCGGGAAUGGGCUCAGAAGGAAUUCAAGGUGCCCGUGUUGGAUAAUUGGUGGCAAACGGAAACUGGACACCCCAUCACGGCGACUUGUGUGGGGUUCAAUAACAGUUUGAAUCCUCCCAAGGAUGUGUCGGGCAUGCCGCUCCCGGGAUACGAU